GUGGUCGUAUGAGCUGAUCCGCCCAUUAAACACCACACACAUCUUCAGACACAACUAUAUACCAUCUGUCUCUCAGGAGAAGAUCACUCACUAUAAGGAUCCAGACAAGCAACAGUUAUCCAUGAAGCUGUAGUCAGAGAGACUGUGGAUGAUGGGUUGUCUCAUGGUCACUGGGGGUCUCCUUGUAAUUCUACUGUUCCAUCCUCCAGCAGCUCAGAUGGAGAGCCCAGAUACAGAUGUGGAGGACGUGAGGUUCGAAGAGUUUUGUCUGAAAAUCUCUGAUGAUUCGCACUGUACAACCGCUGAACCAGAGCCCAGACAAACAGUUACCAACAAGAGCACACAACUGGCAAUGUCUUCACCGUCAGAUGACAAGGAAGAUAUAAACUCCACUCUUCAACCGGCUGUCAGUUCUUCAUCACUUGUGGCGAACUUCAUGGGCAUCCCACCAGGCCGUGGGAAACUGGGGCCGAUAGAGAGGGAAGGAUGUCGCUGCAAGACGUGGCAGGAACACACAACUGACCAGUCUCUUGUCAUGAGCAUAGAGUUCAGGUUCCCUGCACCGGAUGUGUGUAACUCCACAGAGAUCAUUGAGACACUGGCAGAUGGUAGGAAGGUUUGUGUGAAUACCUCUCUCACAAGAUACCUUGCACCGCUGUUUGGGCCUUCAACUGACCAAGACUGGGAAGGGACCACAACCCCCAACCCAAACACCUCUGCAGUAUCCCCGUCUCCAACCACACAGAUAGAGGAACAAAUAAGCAUUACACCCCCAGGACCCCAAGCACCCCCAGGACCUCCAGCCCCCCAGCACCCCCAGGACCCCCAGCCCCCCCAGGACCCCCAGCAACCCCAGGACCCCCAGCACCCAAUGGGUCCUCAGGACGCUUUGGACAACAGGGUGGAUUUAACAAGUGACAUCAAUGAGGGAUCGUAGCUUUCACCUGGAUUCACCUGACCUAGUCUGCAGAGAUGCAUGUGCAUCGAGACGGAGAGCAGAAGGAUAGGAAGGCUCAUCUCUAAAAUGCAGUUUUACCCACCCUCUUCAAGCUGCAACGUUGCGGAGGUUAUUGCAACUCUGAAGACGUCAGGUCAAGAGAUUUGCUUGGAAGUCACUGCACCCUGGGUCCGCAAAAUCCUGGAGAAAAUCAACUUACAGUCAGACUCCCCUUGAAGGAGUUAACCUAAUUUCAACACAUCCUCCUGAAUGACGCUAGGCUGAAAAUAAAGUUAUAUUUCAUGAAAGAUGUGUGCUCAGCACAGUAUUUCUUUGAUCCAACAGUUGGUAGUAAGUAGAUGUUGCUGAUUAUCAAAGUGUUACAUGUGCUGUACUUGAUUUUACAGGAAAUGGAAAUGUUUUUUUGGCAUCUGAUUUCUGCUAUUUGGACAACUAAACCACUGAGAGGAAGGGAAAUUUGCUAAUGUAAUUUGAAUUUCACAUUUUAACGACAACUUAAACUCGUUGCAAAUAAACCGCUCACCAACCUUGA